AUGACAAACUGUACAGUUAAUCAAAAUAGUAAACAAGCUAAUUGUGGAGGUUCAUGCAAAAAAGGUCAUUGCAAGAGGGUUGAAGCAGGUUGUACUUGUACACAAUCUUGUAAUUGUGAUCCUUGUACAUGUGAACCUUGUAAAUGCUGUAAAUCAACAGAUUCAUGCCACAAAUGCAAAUGUGAUCCUUGCAAAUGUUGUGAUUCAUCAAAAUGCUGCUCAUGUUGUAAAUGUGAUCCAUGUAAAUGUGAUUCAUGUAAAUGUGAUUCAUCAAAGUGCUGCCCAUGUUGUAAAUGUGAUCCAUGUAAAUGUAAAACUCACUAA